AUGAUGUAAGUUAUUUUAAAUUACAAUUACAUUAAUUUAAAAGAAAAAUACUUUGUUACUCUCUUCAAUUAAGUUACAUCUAGAUAUUAAUAAAUUCUCUAAACAAAAAAUGAUCAAAUGCUUGUUAAUUAUUCUUAAUAUCUAUAAAAGAUAUAUUUUGAUUGGAUUCAAAAGGAUAGAUUUUCACUCUAAUUGUAGUUGGAUAUUUUAUAGCAUUCAGAGAAAUCUUAAUAAAUCUAAGAUAAAAUAAGAGUCUCCUUUAAAAAAUGUGAGUUUAUUUUUUUAAUAUAUUUGUUAAAAUUAAUACUUUUAGGAUAUAUUGAAUUGUAAAUAUUUUAAUUUAUGUAUAGAGUAAUGAUAUUUAAGAAAAGACAAAACUAUUUGGAAAAUUAUACAAUUUAGAAUUAAUAACUUGA